GUUACAAAUAUAAUUGUUUACAUGUCAUAAAGAUGUAUGUGUAAUACGUAGGUCGUGAAGAAGAUGGCACUGUUUCCCACUCUCGGUUUGUUAUGUUGUUGCUAGGAUACCAUUUGACCGGAAACGCUUAUGAGUUAAACACACGCUAAAGUUCAUGUCUGCACAACCGUUUACCUAAAAAUGUCAGACACAGGCCUAGAUCAAGAUGGACAGAAACCAAAAGGCGUAUUCUCCACUUUAAUGGCUGAUGGAGAUUGGAUGUACACUAAAGGGGAGUACAAAAAGGCGAUACAAAGCUAUACAACGGCACUGACUUUAAAGCCUGAUGAUAAGACAUGCUACGUUGGCCGAUGCAAAUGUUACCUGAAGAUGGGGCAAUCUGAAAACGCUUUGAAGGAUGCAGAGGCUUCACUCAAAGAAGACAAGUCAUUUUUUGAGGGAUUAUACCAGAAAGCAGAGGCCUUGUACUACAUGGGGGAAUUUGAAUUUGGGCUGGUGUUUUACCACAGAGGACAAAAACUACGUCCACAAAUACAGGAGUUCAGACUGGGUAUCCAGAAAGCACAGGAGGCCAUAGAAAACUCUGUUGCAAGUCCUUCCUCUGUAAAACUGGAGAUAAAAGGGGACCUAUCAUUUUUACAAAAAGAUGAGGAGAGGGCCCAACCAAUAGCUGCUAUUCUGAAUCUGACCACGGAGAAAAAACUGCAGACAAAGAACACGCCCAAAAGUGAGAAGACAACCAAACAACUGCUUGGAGAGUUUUACAGUGAUAAGAAGUAUCUAGAAACCCUACUCAAAGAUGAAGAUCUGGUAAAAGGCAAGACAAAAAGUGGGGAGCGACUUCAGGACGUCAUUCAGGGCUGCCUCACAUACCUUGACGUUUGCACGGAGUUUUGGAACCAGGAGAGACCUAUUUGUGCACAAAAAAAGGAGCGCAAGGUCAAGCAAAACAAUGGUACUAAAGGGCACAGCGCACCCUCUGAGACUGUUCAGUUUCUUCUGAAGAGCCUGGAUGACAUUGAUGCAGAGUUGACAUCAGGAAAUGCAGAAGGUAGCCUGAUGAAGGCAGAAGAAGUCAUGAAGGUAGUGCAGGGCUGGUCCGAGAAAGAGGUGCCUAAUAAGAAAGAGGUUAUUGGCAGCCUGCACAGUUGUAUUGGGAAUGCCUUGAUCGACCUGGGAGACAUGGACAAAGCUUUGGCGCAUCAUCAAAAAGACUUGGAGUUGGCUAAGCAGUGCAAACUCCCAGAUGCAAUGUCCAGGGCUCUGGACAACAUUGGGCGGGUUUACGCCCAAAUUGGACAGUUCGCACAAGCCAUCGAGUUCUGGGAGAUUAAGGUUCCCUUGGUCUGUGGUGGUUUGGAAAAGACCUGGUUGUUUCAUGAGAUCGGCAGGUGUUACCUGGAGCUCAAUCGCCACGAAGAAGCCCGAGCCUAUGGCGUCCGCUCAGUGGCUGCUGCCGAUGAAAUUGCUGAUGAGAAAUGGCAGAUGAAUGGCCAUGUUUUGGUGGCACAAGCAGAAUUGAAACUUGGAAACUUUGGAUCAGGUGUCUUUCACUUUGAGAGAGCUUUGACUCAGGCCAGAUUGCAAGAAGAUGACUCUGCCACGAAUGUCAUUCAGAAGGCCCUUGAUGAAGCCAAGCAACACCUUCCACAGUGAGGAUGACCAUCGCAAGAUGUGUGGUGCUUGAGUGUUAAUUAAGCAGAAGGCAUACAGAAAACACAUAUAAUAAAAUGGAAAAUUGUAGAAUAAAAAUAUAUCAAUAAAAGGAAACUGGCAACUGAGAUAUUAUAAUUUUCUUAAAAUGCAUGAAUGCAUUUUGAUGGUCGCCUUAGAAACACAUUUUUCAAUAGACCUGUUUUAAGACACAAUCAUUUAUAAGCAAGACCCAGUUUUAUUUAUGUAAUAACUUCUUAAAGGUCACACACGUUAACCAGAUCCUGGAUCUCAGGGUUGUACUGUAAUUCUAUCACUUAUUUCAGCUAACAUUGAGCUCACAACGCCAUAGAGUAGUGAUUGUGCAUACUGUUCUCUGAAGUAAAAGAUAUGUAUAUGGAGAAGUGUUGUGAAGCUCAAUAUCUGGCCUACAUCCUUAUUUUCAGUUAUCUCCAUAUACAAAAUACAGAGGGAUCUUAUCACACGUUUUUACAUGCACACCGCUACCUGCCAUCCAUAAACCUUGUUUGCUCUUGAUAACUUAUCAGUUCCCCAUACAGAGCUACUUGCUGCAGGGAACUUCCUCUUUCUGAGACAGUAAAAUAGCAAUUAAUGUUCAUUUCCUGCUUUUGAUAAUAGCUUACUUUUUCUAUAUAUAUAUAUAUAGUUCUUUUUUACGAAUGUGAAACAAAGUACAGUGGUACACAGUUUAAUUUCAAAGGGUUUGGUAACGUCAAGUAUGUUUAAUU